UUGCAACCAGAGUUUCACACAUACCAACUCAGCGGUUCAACCGCCAUGCUCAGGCACAGAUAGCAGGCAUCGAAGUCACGGAACGAUUUACGGCCCAAUCGUCUCUGCGUGUGAGGACACAGAAGUAUCAGUACAACACACAGCAGGUAUCAAUGCAUUAA